AGUAGAUAUAGUAUAUGUAGCAUAUAUAUAAAAUAAAGGUUAGGCAAAUCUCUAUAUCCCUACUUCGUCCUCAAGGACUGUAGCUUAUCUGACCUUAGUAUCUCUAUGGAAGAGAACGUUUACCCUCUCACCUUUAAUAGUUGGAGAUCGAUUGGCUAUCCAGAAAAGUUUUUCACUCAUUCCCCGUGAAUUCCUAUGUAUCCUCGAGACACGCGAUGUUCGAUCCGGCCAGUCCUGAGAAUCUUAUGAAUCUUUUAGCAUAUCAAAUGAGAAUCGGUAGACCCUGAUGUAGAGAUUGAUGAAUUUUUUGGCUUCGUCAAACAUACGCUGCGUUAUUUAUUAUGCAUAUGUAUAUAUGUCAUUAGAAAUCGUUACAAUUAUAGGUUAGGGUACACCCGUGCAAUAGCAUGCGGAGACGGUAGGCAGGUAUAGGUAGUUACUAGCCGGUAGUCACGUGAGCUUAAGUAAUCAAUGGAAAAGCAUCGAUCGUCCCUUUGGAGAAGGUGAAAACGUUCGCGGAGUUCAGUCGAGCUUGUGAACUCCCCACCGUAAGAAGAGCACGGGUCGUUCACCGCCGUUCUCUCGAAAUUUCUUAUUUUCAAAUUUGGCUCCUCCGCGAAGGCGUCUGAUACUGUCAAAUUUUACCCGAGGAUCUUCCAUAGUUACUCAGGUACUGAGUACGUUAACAGGCACGUAUCGCGCGCGAAAAUUCAAAAUACGCAACCCCUUAGUUUUCCCGUGGUUAACCUUAGGAAUGUUUUUGAAUAAUUUUUAAUGACCUACUGACAAAGGAGAAGGAUAAUACAGGUCGGAUUUAAGUGGGGAGAAAUUUGGUGCGGUCUUAUUAUAUUUUUAGUUAAAUAAAUUUUUCGAAUUCUAUUACGUACUGUAACGCUGCGAUACAAGACAUGAUGUGUUUAUGCGUGUUUUGCCAAAUGGAUUUAUGGAAGAGUUUUUCGUAUAUAUACAUAUACGUAUGUAUACACUGCGUCGAUUGAUAGUUGGUUUCGUGUUUUUCAAUUCCCUUUUUCUUGGCUAAAUUUUCUACUGCAAUAUUUUUCAACUUGGAUAUGAUCGUGGCGAGGGAAUAAGGGAGGGAGAGAACGAGGGACUGUAGGAGAAAAAAGAUAAGAUAUUUCGUUGACUGUUACAAGGACUGACGGUGUGUGGUAGAUGAUGGGCUACUACUGGUAGCCGAACUCUCUGGCCUAAAUUCAAGUGACGCAAAACCAAACCGACACGCGUCCAACCUCCCACUUCGAGCCUAUAUUAUAAAUACGAAUGGACGUAAAUUAUCCGAUGAACUUGCCGAGAGGAUUUUGCAUGCGUCUUGCAGGAGAAUGCCACUGAAAAAAAAGGAAUUCGAGAUCUCUUAAAAUUUUACAAAAAUUAUUAUAACAGUUUGAGAAUUAAAAUUGUCUUAUAAAAAUUUCCUAAUUAAUUGAAUCAAGUAUCUGCGGGUAUGAUAAGAGUAGAAAGUUGUCGCGAACAAAGGAAAAUUAAUGACUCAUCUGAAAACCGUAUUCGUGACGUUUGUAUCUUUAUUUUUCUUGGAUUCCUGUCAAUUACACAGAAACAAAUAGAUAGUAAAAAUCAAUAAGUCUACGAUAACAGAAUUGUUAUUAUAGAUAAGAGAUUCUAUUUUGAACGGUGACGUCGAUCAUAAGUAUUAACUGUCCUGUUUGGACGCGAUUUAGCUUCCCGUAUACCGGAUAUGGCUACCAGGCCGGAAGAUUUGAAAUCCGGCGGGCUGAUAAUGGCUCCUCGCGUUCCUCAUGGAUUGGCAGCAGCUGUAGAAGGUCUCACCAGGGAGGUGAUACGUCAUCGGCCGGAUGACAUCUACGUAUUUGCUGCUGAUCACUUUGAGAAGUUGCUGGAGCUUAGAGAUCAGUAUGGAAACUGUGCCGACCUGCCUGGUAGGAGUAACAAUACGCAAACCCUGCGCGAGAUGAACAAAGCUGUUAAGCAACGUGAAAAAGGAAGUCGAAUUGAACGUACUAAGCGAGAGCUGGCGGCCCAGAGCGGAUGGUCGUUGACCGAGACGGCUAAGGUCCUGGAGAAGCACAGAAGUAUCUUUGGCGAUAGCGGUAGGAAGAUUAGUACGGAGGAAAUUCGUGCUUUGGCUAUGGAGAAGGAAAAUAAAAUAAAUAAAUUGUCGAAAGAGACGCGCGAGGUGGUCAGGAUCAGGUCGAAGGAAGAGCUCAGGAAGUUUGAGCCUGGCAAGCAUGGUAGGUCGUCCGAAAGAUAUAUUAGAAAAAGUACUAGUAAUGUAGAUUUGGGGAAGUGGGAAAAGUCGCAGAAAGCAGAGUCACGUGGUACGCCGAAAAUUAUAUCGCAGAUUCCUACCUUACCGGGCAGUACAAAAAUGUUGGCAAAGGACAUAAAAUCGGAACUGAGGAAGAAUCGUAUCAGCAGCAGAGAGAGAAGAUCUAUUGGUGAUAAGAUCAAUGAUAAGGGGAGUGAAAGUGGUAAGGAUCAUUUUGUAAAAUCUUCUAGAAGGUCGCAGGAAAGCGUCGGCAAAGAUUCGGAGCCGAGAAGACGGAAGAAGACUGAAGUAACGGAUAAUCAAAAGCAGAAGACUGAUUCGUAUAGAAGCAGCAGGGCUAUGAGCAUGGACAGGGUCAAGGACUUCGUAGUGAAGAGGCUAUCGGAUACGAAGAGUCUUGAGGAAAUUCAGUCACCAGGGUAUGUUGAGAAGGUCCAGGAAGUUAUCGACGAGACUGCUCCUCUCAUCAGGGAGAAGGUAGAGGAACUCAAGCUGGUCGCCGUUGGAUCAAAAAGGUCGCAUCACGGAUACGAGUCCGUUGAUGAAUCGACCAGUACCUCGGAGAGGUCGAACAAGUCGAAUCAGACCGACGAUGUCAGGACCCGCAGCGCCAUGUCCAAGUCCAGGAAGUCCAGAAGGUCGGAGAGCCUGGCUAAGACUUCCGGUACUGACGCAAGGACGAAUAACGAUUCGUUGGAUGGUAUUGAGACUCUGGCCUCUGAGCCUGCAACACCGAAGACCAAGGAAGACGGCCUGGAGACUAGACUGACGGAAACCAGAAACCUUCUAGAAGGUCUAUCCUCGGCUUUUUCUCAAGCUGGAGAAAGGGAGAGAGUUCGAAGAUCAAGAUCAGCCAAGGGUACCAGAAAAAAUGGCAGCGUGUCUGGGGAAUCUGAUGUCUCAGAAUAUCUGGACGUUCCAAAGAGUCCUGGAGGUUCUACCAAUCUCUCCUUACCAGCUGUUAGGUCAGCCUCAUCCAGGAACGCGUCCAGGAGCGUCUCUAGGAGUGAUUCGGACAACCUGGUCCUACCUCCAAUAUCUCCGGAAGCACCCAAGUCGGCCAAGCCUCGGGAGGAUCUUGUUCUACCUAUUCUGUCACCUUCUGGAACAGCUCCAUCGACCACGGAGUCAAAAGCACUGUCCACACCGGAUGUUAUUGACUUGGUGAAAACUUCCAGGGAACCUGAAACACCUGAACUCGAUGAGAAUCUCUUGGAGGAUACUCCUGAGGUUGAAUUAAAUCUACCGGAAACUGAGGAAGUCUUCAAGGAUAGCUUGAAUGUUACACCGGAAGACGCUGCUGAAGUUCCACAGAGACCGGAUUCCUUGGAGAACGACGUCAACGUGGACGUCAACGCGGACGUCAACGUGGACGUUGACAUGGAAAUCAAGAAAGGGACGAGUGAUGAGCUUAAAAAGAAACUCAUAGAAAUUGAAAGUGUUGAGAGAAAUAUUGAGAACGUUCUCACUUCAGAAAAUGCGAACACCAGUCGACCGGAUGAGCCAGGUGAAAGUCCAAAAAUGCAAGUGCCUCCUGAAGAAAAUGAAAAAAUUAACGAAAUUUUUAAUAUCGAAGAUAAAUUAAAGGAGGUGGAAGACAGCGAGAAGAGAAUUUCAAACAUUUUAAAUUCCGAAUUACCUAAGGACGAGGACAAUAUUAACAUAAGAGAUAAACUUCGUGAAGUUGAAGACACCGAGAAGAGAAUUGAAGAUAUUUUAGCCAAGGAAGCCACGAAGAGUACCAUCAUCGGAAAUGAAGAGAAAAAUGAGGGGGAUAAACUCGAGAAGGAGAUGCAAAAUAAUUCAGCUGCCUCAAGGGAAACGACGUCGGCAGGAGAGGAAAUAUUGAAAAUAGUUUUAAGAACAACCGCCGAGGCGGAACUGGACGAAGAAUUACAAAACACUUCAGAAAUUCCUGCUGAAGUGAAGUCGAAGCCUAAGGAUGACGUGGAAAUAAUAAACUGCCCGAAAAAUCAAGCCGAGAAGCAAAUGGAAAUAUGUAAAAUGGCUGAGGAACCAGUAAAAAAUAAUACUCAGUCUGUGGAGAAGCUGCAGAAUCCAAAAAAAUAUGAUGAAACAAACAUGGCGGAAGAUGAUAAAAGAAAAGAAAAAAAAGAUGAUAAGACCAAUUUAGCAACCGCAGAGGCAAUUCCUUAUUCCUAUAUUUUGACAGAAGGCUCGCCAUGCGAUAUACCGGAUUCCGUGACUACUGUAAUUAUCCCGGAAAGACCACUCCAGUCGUCCGAAUCCGAAACAAUGGAAAUCCUAUUAGAAAACGGACACGAAUUUGAUUCAUCAGAAUCCAAGGGUCAGAAUGAAGAUACUUCCGCUUUGAAGACGAAUGAGUUGUCGUCAGAGUCGAAGGAAGAUGAGAUGAUGAAGUUGAAAGAUAUUAUGGACAAUUUUGGAGAAAUUGUUGAACCGGAAGUGAUCGAGUGCUCGACGGUAGACAUUGAUUUUAUACGUGGUAUCAAGGCCAAUCAUGAAAUAAUGAUAUCACACCAGGAUCUAGGAGAAAUUAAGGAAGAAGCAGACAAGGAAGUAGAGGAAGCAGAAAAGACAGUUGAUGAUGUUAAUGUUGAUAAACAUGGAAAUACAUUAAAAUUAGAAAAUAUACAGGAGAAAGACGAAUUUGACGAAGUAACCGGAAGUAGAGAAGCUGAUAAUGAUUUGAUUGCCGGUGAUUAUGAGAACGUGGAAAAUCGUGUCAAAGGUCAAGAUGAAAAUUUAGAAUCACCAGCGGAAGCUGUGAUCAGUACCGACGGACGAAAUACGGAUUCGGAUUCAACGGAAGUGAAGGAAACGAGCAUUACAGAUGGCCCGUUGGAAAAUACUUCUGAAAAUACACCGGAAAUCGAAAGUAUCGAACCAAGAUCCUCGGAGUCAACCAAUGAGGUUAAAGAAACUACUAUAACCGAUAGAACUUUAAAUGGCGGUUCUUUUGAACCGGGUAAUAAUAUGCCAAUUGUUCCAGAAUUAAAUUUGGAUUCACUUCAGGAUAUUACGGUCUCCUCGUUUAGAAUGACUGAUGAUGAGUCAGCAAAGGAGGCCAGUGACACCAGUCGACAAGAAUCUGAAAGUACAACUUCAUUCGUGGAGCCCCUGACUUCUGACGAAACGAAACCGGAUAUGGGUGCAGAAGAAAUUAUUGAGCAAAAAAUUGUCAAGACCCAAGUUGAGAUUAAGGAAGAACCUUGUGAAAAAGUGCAGAUUUAUACAACAGGGAAGGAGGAGCAGGAAGUUGAGGAGGGAACCGGAAAUGGUCUGGUAGAUAUCGAAGAUAAAGUUUCACUCGAAGCUACGACUGUUACCGAUGCUUUGUCAGAAGGAAUCGAGGUUGAACUUUUGAAAAAUGCAGAAAACGCGUCAUCGGAACUUGAGAGAGAUACCGAAGACAAAAACGAAGAUCAUCAUGAAGCCGUCGGUAGAGAAUACCAUUCCGAUACCAAUACUGAUGAUAAGAUUCAGAAAAAGACAGAAGUGGCAUCAGAAGAUAUAGAAAAUUUAGCAGAACCCAAUAAAAAUCUUGAGGAAGACGAGGCUGUCGAACCUGAUCAACAAGAACAAUCACUUCCGGUUGAAAGUUCAGAUGACUUGAAAAAGUCAAAAGAUUCGACUGUUAUAGAAUCAGAGAAAAUAAAAAUUCAAGAAAUUUUAUCGGAACAAGAUGAAGUCCAAACUGACGAAGCAAACGUAAUCAAAGUUUCGAGUCCACCGGAAGCGGAAGUCUUUACCAAUAAUCUCGACGAUGACGCAACUAUCAGCGAGAAACAAGAAUAUCACAUUUAUGUACCGGAAGUGGCCGGAAGUCAGGAAAGUACAACAACAGAGAGUAGCACCUUCAAUUCAGCAGCCACAAAGAUUCAAGCCGGAGUACGAGGUUUUCUAACCCGCAGAAGACUUCAGAGUGCACAAAAGCGCAGUUCUACCCUAGACAGUGUUCCCUCCAUUCAAGAUAGCUUUGCGGUCGACACUGCGUACCUGUCGCCAAUCGAGGAAGUGGGUCUGGCCAAUGCCGCCACUACUAUUCAGAGUAAUUAUCGUGGGUACAAGGCGAGGCAGAGGUUACGACGAGAGGACGCCGUCCAGAAGAUGACCCUGAGCAUGGAGAACGCUUUUACGGAGAACGGACUUCAGCAUACGGGAGAAUUUCAUGAUUGCAUCCCACUUCCGGUCUUUGACGACCUGGGUCUGAUGUUGAAGUUAGCAGCUGAAGGUUCCGAUAAAGGCCAAGGAGACAAAAGGGUGGUGGAUGGAGAUCAGGUUGAACCGGAAGUUGAUGGGAUGACGGAAAAUAAUAAGGAUGUUGGGGCAGAUGAGUCUUCGGCAUCUUCUUCGAAGGAGGAAGGUUCUACCAGUGACGUGACGAAGUCAUCGACUAUUGCGGAAAGUGGGUCCUGCACUGAACCUGAUCAGGCUAGCCAAGUUCCUAGCGAGUCCUUGGAGUCCUUUAGCGAGAGGCAGAUACUGGAACGUGCCGUGGGUCAGAUAUUCAUGGGCCAAUCAUCCAUCCCAGUGGUUCAUGUUGGUAUGGACCAGGUCGUAGACUUCGUCAUGAUAGCCAAGGAUGAGUCUGUUUUGCAAAGUCGGUACUUGAACUUUAUAACAAGCGUCGAAGAUGAUUCUGCUGUUCGGGCAGAUUCCAUCAAUGGGUUGGACCUCACGCAGAGUCUCAGGAGUAAUGCGGGCGUUGAGAGUUUGCCAUUGGACAAUCCUAGCAACGUUUCCGGUGGAAGUCAAGUCUGGGGACCAUUGGCACUGUCUGACUCUUCUAGAGGCGUCAUCAUCGAGGAGUUGCCAAGGUCGGAGGAAGGAUCCUUGGAGAAAACUCCAGUACCGUACUCCUAUCCGGAAACUCCAGAGACCUUACCGGAUGCUGAAGCUAAACCGGAAACGUUGGAGGAAGUCGAAGAUCCUUCACUUGAGACUCAUCAGCUUACUCAUGAUUCUCCGGUUUCCUUUGACGACGAGCACGCCUUCCUGGAAAGCUCUCCUAUCUCUUUGGAUGAUCCUACGUCCCCAGAGACAUCCAGAGUCUCAUCCGGUAGACGUAACAGAUCAGCAGGCACGUCUAAGAUGAGUUUAGUGGGGGUGCGCGAAGAGGAAGCUGCUCCUGGUGAGGAGAAGAAGGAUUCGACUGAAAAGGAAGCGCUGCCACCAUUGGCUAAUUUGGAGUCUGAAUUAGAAUCGCUUGACCCAGAUCAUCGACCUGGUGAAUCAAUCGAUUCCGCUCAUCCUGUUGAUCCUUCGUCCAUGGUGCCAGAUGCUUCCUUGGCAACAAUUUCCUUCUCCAUGAACGUGGAUGACAUGUUGGGUUUUGGCGAAGAAAACGAGCAAAUUCAAUCCAAGCGACAAUCGAUCCUCGAGGUCACAGUGACCCCUAGGGAUCUGCUGAAGUCUAGCAGGUCGCAGGAAAGUCAGCUUAGCGGCGACCGGGUGGAGUCGCCUGUGACCAUGAUGCAAAUAGUUCCAAAAAGUGUCGAAGAGAAGUCGGAUAAGUCUGAAGUGGAGGGCAAUUCCUCGAACGAGGACCAGGUGAAGGCAGAAGAAGCAAAAAUUGAUAACGAUGCAUCAGCAUCCAUCGCAGAAGCCAAACCGGAUGUCCUACAGUCAGACGCCAAGAACGACCAGGGACAGCCGGAAGACUGUCAAACAGGUCAGAGCAAAGAUUCCAGUGAGGAUACGAAUGAGGGAAAAAAUUUAAAAGAAAAUCAAAUAACGGAAACAAAGGAGCAAGCCAGUCCCAAAGAAAACAUAUCGAAUUCACCCAUAGAGUCCACGGAAGACACGGAUGAAUCGGAAAAAAGUCCUAAAACUUCAUCCACGGAGAAGAACAAUACAUACUCUAUUCACAACGAGGAGAAGCAAGAAUAGAGUUAGCUUCCGCUUUAAGAAAAUUCAAAACAAAGCGCAUUACCUUAUCGCCAGUACCUGUAGUCCAAAUUCAGAGUAAGAGUGAAAGUUGAAAAGAAAAAGUGACGUCAACGCCCAACCUGGGCUUAAGGGAAAUGACUGAAGCCGUUUUCGAGUUUCCUGGCCGAACCUAUUAAGGCGAGCUAUUCUUAUCAGUAUCUCUGGAAGAGGACACCUUGACGUCAUACCUAGGGCAGAGUUAAUGAGUGAAGCUUGCCAAAAAUUAAGGCAUGUCGCUAGAUUAGUUAUGCUAAACUAGGACAGAGCCCAGGUAAACUGAAGUUGCCGCGCCCAUCCGUGCAGCUAACUUCGGACGAGUCAUUAGUUUCCUCGAGGGAAGAUUCACUAACGAUCGUCUUUUGGUUCCCGGGUGCUCUUCUGAACGGACCAUUUAAUAACCUGGAUGAUCCUUGUGUGGAUGAUCGUCAUCUUGAUCAUCGGUAUGGUGACCGGGCGACGAAACGAUCACGAGUCACGUUCUGCAUUCCUUCUGGCCGAAGAAUGCGACGAUCACCAGCUCAGGAAUGGACCUUGGGUCGUAUUUCGGUACACUCUCGCUAACGUUGGCCAGAGUGGCUGCUCCCAAGCAAGCUGCUACGUCACGAGGGAACGAUGCGUCACGCCAGAAAUUAUGUCACAUUGGGAGAAUGGAUGAGCCAAAGAAAAAGGGAGAGAGAGAAACGUAUUACAGAGCUCAAAGAAAAGGAUGAAGUUAGCGUGAAUCGACAUGAGAAAAGUCACGUAUUUAGAAAGUGGUGUCUCGGAAUAAUAAUUGAGACUCAUGAGAGAAAAAAAACCAAAGAUAGUACAAGAACAACAAAGUCAACGUCGUGAACCUUCUACCAUAGAUUAUGUAAUUUUGCAAAUUUAUAAAAUACCACAAAAAAAAGUAGCAGACCGAAACACGAGACACCUUUGCCUUUGGGCAGCCAGAAAGUCGAGAGUCACGAGUAACAGUAUUAUUAUGUAAUUUUUUCAAGCAUCCCAACAGGUUAAAACCAAAUUACAAAACUCCCCGUUUGUAUCUGACUUCGGACAGAUGAACAUUCAGGAGUGUUGAAAAAUAAAAAGAAUAAAAUCAUUUGCGACCGGGGAAGUACAGUAUAAACAGGAAGCAGAAUAUUCGUUUUCGAGAGUACACACUGUUUCCUGGCUGUUUUACAGAACCAACAUGCAAAAGUGAGGUUAGGUCUGGUUACUCCCGUGUACGUGAACGCGAUGAUAAUAUUACACGACGAUAAUUUUAAAGUCUGUCACGGUCGAAGCACGACGGUUUCAUGUCACUUCUCGAGGUCAAAGGUCACGACUACUUCGGGUUAACGAUAAAUUAGAAGUUCGUAUUGUAUACACGAUAUGUAUAUACUCACUGGCAAUAUUAUCCAAAGUAAUAUCACAUACCGAUAUGAUGAUAAAUUUUCAAUCAACUUUCCUUUUCAUUCAAUAAUCUCUGUAUGUACGCAUAUACUCGAGUAGAAGUGAAAAAUGAAGCUUUCACGUGAGGUAUUCUCAUUGAACGUCCUGCCGGUGACGCACGAGCAACAGGAAGAUAAAGUAGUCGUUAUUAAUAGCGGCUUAAUAAUGCAACUGGGGUGCGAUGUGAACGAGCAUACGUAUAGGCAUCCAUUGCCGGUGGCCCAUAGAAUCUACAGUGGAUAUUAAUAUAUAAGGAUUAGCAUAAUGGAGGCUGUUUGCGUAGGAGUGUAAUAAGCUUGACGAUAUAUGGACAAACGUUCGACGAUGCUCGUCAUCGUAAUUGCCGCUGCUAUUUUUCAUUCCGAUCAAACACGCAGUCUAUUUUGAAACUGUAAACAUUAUCGAGGGAGAUAAACGUUAUGGACAGAAAGAGUAAAUCAAUUGUCCUGAUCAAAGAGUCCGUGAGCGUCCUCUAGUACUUACGUACAAAGUAUUGAUAUCAUGGAAGAUCGAUGUUUGGUGAGUUUGAUAUUUGUACAAAAAAUACAAGCACGUUUCAAAUUUAAUGAUCGUUGAAAAAAUUUAGUUGAAAAAAAAGGUUUCAUACGAGUCACGUGUCAAUUAUCGUUCGAUUCGUAUCCCACGAUUGGUAUGUCGUAUCGUGUGUGUAACUGGUGUGUGUCUCGAGUCGCAAUUAGUAUCGAUCAAGUCGAUGAAUUUAUUAUGUCUCGGAGCAGUAAUCUGGCCCAGGAUUCAAUUGAAUGCAUGUUCAGUCUUAUUGGACAAACAAAAAGAUCGGGUAAUAUACGUAUUGUAAUGCAUGACUGUGAACGGGGCAUAAAUAAUAAGUGGAGUUAGGCGUCAAGAUACGAGUAAAUGUACGUACGGGAGCUGGGACAAAGAGUAGUGUUGUAUUUUGAUUGAACCACGUAUGCACGUUUCCGUGAAGUCUGCCGAUGACAAUGUGUUGAUGUUAGUCAUCGUAAAGCGUCGGGUCGGUCGUCGAGAUCGACGCUGCUACGCAAUAAUUUCGCGCUGAGACAAAGCGACGUGAGAAUAACAUUAGAGCCCGGUAGUGAUUAGUCAGGGACAAUCGACCUUCUCAGGGUGGUAACACUGACGGCGUCGACCACUACGAGGAUGAUGAUGAUGUUAAUGACGAUGGCGAGGAUACUGCUUGUGGUGGUAAUAGGGAAACAGCAGUGAAUUCUGCCAAUUUUCAACGUCAUCGGGGAGAAGCGAAAGCGAAGCGACGGGUGGUUCAACGACGCGUAAACCAGGUGAAACGGUCUCUGCGCAUGCGCCGAGGAUUUUCCGUCCGUAUAGAGUUCAAGUCGAGCGCAACUGUUGCUUCAGUUUCGCACGAGACACUACGCGAGUUGGAACGGUGGUGAUACACGGGAGAUAUUUGAGAAAAGAGAAAAAGAUAAAUCGAAGAAUCAGUGAAGAGUCUCCGGGACGCGGGAGACUAAGAGAUUAAAUAUAUAUCUGAUCUCUGUGAGGAUCAGAAAUAAAGAGUGUCUGAACAGCUAAUG